AGUAGCUCUCAGUUGAGUUUUCCGAUUUUCGAAACCACAAUCGCCUUGUCAAAAUUGUAAAGAGUUUAAGCGAACUUUCGGAUUCGUUUGGCAUUGUGGUGCAAGUGCAAGUCGCAGCCGGAGAUGGACACGCCAGUUCCGAUGGCGAUGGUUCCCACCAGCCUCAAUCCGAUGCUCGUCCAGCGAUCGGUUCCGGUGCCCGUGGCCAAGCCCAGUCAAUCGAGGACCAAGUCACAGGACAACGAGCCCAUGGACACCGUCUUGGUCUUCAACAACGAAAAGGUGACUCCGCCGGCAUCAACGUGGCUGGUGUCCCUCCAGCGGCUGAUGGAUGAGGUGCGCGAGGCACUGCGAGCCCAACCCCAUGCCAGUGACAUUCGUCUACUGAUCUUUACGGCGGCGGCCAGCAGCCAGGAGCACGAGAGGACCCUCAUCCCGGUGCCGCCGCAAUUCCAGGCGGAACCAGGCUCCGGCUGUCAAGUGGAUCGACUGCGUCGUUCCGUGGCGGACAACUGGCCAUCAUGUCGCCUCAUGCUGGACAGCCCCAGUGCCGACGAGCAGUAUGCCGAUCUGACAACCGACGAUGUGGAGGCUCUAUACCUGCUGCACUGGAUCCUGGUGGCCACGCCCUCGUCGCCCACGCUGCGUCGCAUGUCGGGAUUGCAUUUGCGACGCCUCUGCCGGGUCUUGGGACUGGCACGUCCCACCCUGGAGCCCGGUCAUCUGCUCAGCAUCAGCUAUGAAAAGGACGACCAGGCGUGGAGGGGGGAGCCAAGUGCGAAGCCCAGUUAUGCCUUUCUGGGCCUGCCCUUCAAGUAUCUUUAUCGUUUCCUGGCCACCGGCAGCCUGGAGCAUCCUCCAGGAGUGCCCAUCCGUUUGUAUGCUCAGCCUGAGACGGCUUUGGUUCACUGCGAAGAGCUGGAUAUGCCCUUGCCGGCGCCGCCGCAAGAGCAGCAGGAAGGUCAGGCGGUGGAGCAGCCCUCGCCCUCACCCUCGCAAUCCUCUCCGGCCAUGGAUAAGUCGGAGAACCCACAGUGCUGGCGGAACUCCAUCCUGACCUCACCGCAAAGGGCUUUGGUGAUCUGCCAAUUGCCGCCGGAGUUGGACGAAUCCAUUGCCCAAUCGCCGGAGAAGCACUUCUUGGAGUACUUUGUCCAGGAAUCGGUGGGUCUGAGGCCCUGCUAUCUGCUGCUCUUCGACGAGUCGGUGGCCGCCAAGACAAUGUUCGCCUGGCCGGGCAGACGCAUCGAGGUGGAGAACACGGGUCCUUCCCUGGCCCAGAGAUCCCGUGCCAGGCUCUUGGGAUGGGCCAGGCAUGUGGGCGACAAGUGGGGAGCCUUCAAGCGGGCUCUAGCUGCCCUGUAGUUCCCCUCCAUAUGUGUAUCUCUCAGACAGACUGUGGGAUAGCUGGGGAUUUGAGAUUGUUUUUAGAAUUCUGGCCGGGUCCUUGAGCUCGGCCAGGUAGAGUCCUUUGUUCAGAGUCCCGGAGACGCUGGCUCCAGCGUCCUGGAGCUACUUGAUGUUUCGAUUUUUCUUUAUCAAUUGUUAAUAAAAAUGUGGCUAAAUUCAG